GAUCUCCAGAGUUAUCAGUGGGUUCAGUCUAUGAUUUUUGCUAUUAAUGAAAUAAACAAGAAUGAAGAUCUGCUCCCCAACCUCAGUUUGGGUUAUGCCAUUUAUGACACCUGUAACAGUAUCACAAGAGCAGUGGAACAGAUGUUUGCACUUAUCACAGGGAGUGAUGUCUAUGUUCCCAAUUACCAGUGCUAUAUAAAUUCCUCUUUAGCAGCAGUGAUUGGAGAAUCAUCUUCCACUAUUUCCAUUUCUAUGGCAACAAUUCUGGGAAUUUACCAGUAUCCUCAGAUUAGCUACUUUUCAUCCCUCCCUGCUCUCAGUAACAAGAAGGAGUUCCCAUCUUUCCUUCGCACUAUACCCAGUGACACAUUUCAGUCCAAAGCAUUUGCUUACCUUGUAAAGCACUUCGACUGGAAGUGGGUUGGUACUUUGGCAGAAGAUAUUGAGUAUGGAAUUCAAGGAGUCCAACUGUUCAGAGAAGAGGUGGAGAAAUAUGGUGUUUGCAUUGCUUUUGCAGAAAAAGUCCCACUUACGUUUUCAAGAGCAACCUAUCAACAGAUAGCAGAAACUAUUAAAAGUUCCAAUGCAAAAGUUAUAGUAGUUUUCUCUGGUGACAGCAAUCUGCUUCCCCUAGUGGAGGAGAUUGCUAAACAGAACAUAACAGGUAUUACCUGGCUUGCCAGUGAGGCUUGGAGCACAGCUACAUACAUCUUAAAAGAAAACCAAAUUAAACACUUUGAAGGAACAUUAGGAUUUGCAAUCACUAAAAGUCACAUUCCAGGUUUGCAUGAAUUUCUUGUCGGCCUCCAUCCUUUUAAUGAACCUCAAGAUAUGUUUAUAAAGGAACUCUGGGAAAACAUUUUUGAAUGUCUGUGGAAUCCAGGAGUUAAACAUGAUAGACGAGAGUGCACUGGGGUGGAAAAUCUUGCGGAAUUGACAAGCACAUUUUUGGACACCUCUGAACUGAGAAUUACCAGCAAUGUUUAUAAUGCAGUAUAUGCUAUAGCUCAUGCACUGCAUAACUUGGAGUCUUGUGAAGAGGGCAGAGGUCCUUUUAAGGAAGGGAGAUGUGCAGAUAUUCAUGCGUUUGAACCAUCACAGCUACUCCACUAUUUAAAGAGAAUGCAAUUUUUAGACAAGGCUGGGAACAUUCAGUAUUUUGAUGAAAAUGGUGAUACUGUGGCAAAGUAUGAUCUUGUCAACUGGCAAAGAGGAACCGAUGGGUCUGUAGUGGUGAAAACUGUUGGCAGAUAUGAUGGAAGUAAACUUGGUGUGGAGCUUGAAAUAAAUAUGGAGGCAAUCUAUUGGAAUGGGGGGCAAAAAGAGCCUCCUGCUUCUGUGUGCAGUAAGAGUUGCUCUCAAGGUACAAGACGGAGUGCACAAAAAGGUCAGCCUGUGUGCUGCUUUGAUUGUGUUGAAUGUCCUGAUGGCAUGAUUACCAAUGGAACAGAUUUUGCAGAAUGUAUCAUGUGCCCUGAAGACUUUUGGUCAAAUGCAAGACGAGAUCACUGUGUGCCCAAGGAUUCCGAAUUCCUUUCAUUUGGAGAAUCUUUGGGAAUAAUUUUAACAGUGCUGGCACUAAUUGGCACUCUUGUCACAUUUUCUAUAAUAAUGAUUUUUCUGAAGUAUAUGAAAACACCAAUUGUGAGAGCUAACAACUUAGAGUUAAGUUUCCUGCUUUUGUUUUCACUCUUGCUUUGCUUUCUUUGUGCUUUGACAUUUAUGGGUGAACCCUCAAUGCAGAUGUGCAUUAUGCGUCAAACUGGAUUUGCAAUUAGUUUUGUGCUUUCCAUUUCUUGCAUUCUGGUAAAAACCUUAGUAGUGCUGCUGGCAUUUAAAAUGACCCUACCAAACCAAAAUGCAAUGAAGCGAUUCAGACCUCUUCAUCAGCGAUUGAUAAUUAUCACCACAACUCUGGUCCAAAUUGGCAUUUGUGUAGGGUUCAUGGUUUCUUCCCCACCAUCUGUGAACAGAAAUCGAGACACUGUCAUUUCUAAAAUUAUACUUGAGUGUAAUGAAGGCCCAGAGUUAGCUUUGUUUUGCAUUUUGGGCUACAUUGGAUUUCUUGCAGUGAUUAAUUUUGUUCUUGCAUUCCUUGCCAGAAACUUGCCAGAUAACUUCAAUGAGGCUAAAUUUAUCACCUUUAGUCUCUUGGUGUUUGUAGUUGUGUGGAUAUCAUUUAUUCCAGGAUACAUCAGCACAAAAGGAAAAUAUCUCAUUGCAGUGGAAAUCUUUGCAAUUUUGUCUUCUAGUUUUGGUCUGUUGGUUUGCAUUUUUUUCCCAAAAUGUUAUAUCAUAUUGCUAAAACCUGAGAUGAAUACUAAAAACAGCUUAAUGGGGCGACCCAACAAACACUAAGUGUCAUUCACCCCCUUUGUUUGCCCUGCAUGUACAGUAUAUGGUUUCUGGCAAAUAUGUUUCAGUGCCUCCCCCUGAGAAAUGGUACAUUUAAAUAAACUAAAUUGUUAGUUUUAGUCCAGAGUCUUUUUAGUGCUUGCCAUAUGUUAUUUAUGGUACAGAUUGUUUUCUACAUUUUCAUAUUAUAGGAGGACCAAAUGUAUAAAACAGCCCUACAAUUUGCAUUUUAGGGAUUGUCACAAUGUAUUUCUUAUGUUGAUUCACUAAUGGUUGCUAGCAUGAGUAAUUAAUUUUCUACCAUUUCCUGCCCCAUUACUUUUUCUUUUUUUAAGGGCCUUGCUGAAAGGCCCAACAGAGUAGGAUCCCUUCUGGCAGUAACAGGAUUUGAAAUGGAAAGCUUCCAUAAAUAGGCGCUGAGUCUUUAAGCCUUAAAUUAGAAAUUCCAGUAUUUGUAUAUAUAUUUUAAAAACAGUGCAAUUGGUAAAGACAACACCUACAUAAAUGUUAUUGAAAAGAAUCAUUUUGGUGGUGGUGUGCCUUUUCAGCUCCCAAUAUUCAUGCUAAAAACAGUCAUUUUUGUCAUAGAGAACCUUGCAAAGAGGCCACUGUACAAUAGAUAAUUACUAAAAUAAUUAUGCAGUACAAAGUAUACGAUUUUGUUGUGGAUGUGAACAGUAACUACUCUGGAAAUGUAAUUAUCACAUAUGAAAUGUGUAUCUAUAGGUGCCUUUUUAUUUUCCUUUCAAAACAAAUUUGUUUAAUUUGUAAAAAUGGUGAUAGUUUCUCAUUUGUCUGAAUGAACACUGUAAAUGUAGUAGUAGUUUCUGUUAGCUUGUAGAGUAGAAUUCUGACACCACUGCAGAUUUUGCCAGGUAAUUCUGAGUACCUUGUUUUACUCAUCUGCAAACAUUCAAGACAACCUUGUUGGCCAUCUCAUUGAUUUAUCAUGUCUAAACCUUGCAUCACUUGGUAAACAUUCAAAGGACUUCAGCGUGAACUUGUCACUUUGUUUGCCUUACCAUUUAGGCUACUUCACUAAUGUCAUAGGUUGUGGUAUUGUGUUAAAAGUAUAUUCAUAUUACUUUUUACAGAACAGACUGGUAGGAAAAAUAAUGUUAUAAUAAAAAGCAUUUUAUUUAUUACAA